CGCUUCCCCACCUUCCAAGCAAACCUUCUGCCGGGCAAGAGGCUGCGGGCCGAGCUUCGGCGCCUCGUAACAUCAUGAUCCCGUUCCAACAGUGAAGGAAGGAAGACAGUUUUUGUUUCUUACUUUAUCCGACCAACCCGCCUACCAGUCUACUUACUCAAAUACGGUAGAUAAUAGGAAAAAGAAAAGAAAAACUUACAGACCGCAACAGCUUCACUUCAUACAAAACAAGAUCACCAAAUCGCCCAUCAUGUCUGGCCCCGGCGUCGGUUUCGAGUAUCCUCCCACAGAGGUGUCAUGGAUGAAGCGGGAUGUCCUCCUGUUUGCCAACUCAAUUGGCUGCAGUUCUGAUGAGCUUCACUUUUUAUAUGAGCUGCACCCCGACUUUGCCGUCUUCCCUACCUACCCCAUCGUUCUGCCCUUCAAGACCAACACCCAGGAGGUGGUCGACUUCUACGCCGCCCAAAAGUCCGUCACCAUCCCGGGCGUGCCGGAGUUCGACCCCACCCGCGUGGUCGACGGACAGCGCCGCAUCGAGUUCCUCCGACCCUUGCCCGCCACCUCUGCCGGCAAGCGCUUCGAGGCCCGCACCAAGGUGCUGGGCGUGUACGACAAGGGCCGGCCCGGCACCGUUGUGGAGACGCAGACGGACCUGGUGGACGCCGGGACGGGCGAUGUGUACACGCGCGCCACGGGCUCGGCCUUUUACGUCGCGCAGGGCAACUGGGGCGGGCCCAAGGGCCCCGCGACGGUCAACUACCCGCCGCCCAAGGGCAAGACGCCCGACGCCGUGCUCGAGGACGCCACCACGCUCGAGACCCCGCUCCUGUACCGCCUCAACGGCGACUACAACCCGCUGCACGCCACCCCCGAGCCCGGCGCCAAGAUGGGCUUCGGCGGCGUCAUCGUUCAUGGCCUCUGGCAGUGGAACUCGACCUGCCACCAGCUGCUGCGCCACUUUGGCGGCAGCGACCCCCGCAACAUCAAGGAGUACCAGGCCCGCUUCGCCAGCCCCGUGCGCCCGGGCGUCAAGCUCGCCACCUCGGCCUGGAGGACCGGCAAGGUCGAGGACGGCUUCGAGGAGAUCAUCUUUGAGACAAAGGUCGUUGAUGGCAAGACGUGCCUAAGCAACGGCCGCGCCUUGAUCAAGGUUGUCGGCCCUGCAAAGAGUGCCAAGUUGUAAUCAGUGAGAAUGUGUCAAGUAAGAUAUUGUUUUUUUCCAAAGCGUUUUUUUCUUGGAAUAUGAAUUAUAUCUGGCUAUUUAGGUAUAUAUAACCUUACUUUGUUAUCUAUCGAAACAAAUAAAAACAAAGGUAUAUUCGUUGGUC